AUGGCUGACAACAAGGACUUCACCGUCACCAUCGAGGAGGAGCAGCACCACGACAAGUCGUUCUACAGUUCCUCGUCGUCCGAUGGAGGCCUGCCCGAACAACCCGCCAGGCCCGGCUUUCUGGCCCGCCUGUCCGAGUUUGUGACCGAGUGGACUCCCUUCUGCCUGGUCCUCUCCUACUUUGUCUUCUCGGUGUGCAUCUACAUGGUCGCCACCCACAAGUGGAUUGGCAUCUUCUGGUUUAUCUAUCUGGCCACCAACUUCUACAUCUCCGCCUCCACCGUCAUCGAAGCUUUCCUCAGCCUCUCCCCGGUCCGCGAUGCCCGCAGGGCCGUUGCCAAAGCCGAGGAGAAGGGCUGGAACUUCCCAACGCCUGACGCCAACCUGCCGAUCAUCGACAUCCUGAUUGUCGCCUAUCUCCCUAACGAGAAGGACAUCAUCAUGGACCGCGCUCUGCACGCGCUGACCAAGAUCGUGUACCCCAUCGACAAGAUCAGGAUCAACAUCCUGUACAACACGCCGAAGCCGAUUGAGCCGCUCGAGACGGAGCUGCGCGAGCUGCAGUCCAAGUUCCCUCAGCUCCGCGUCAUCAAGGUGCCCAAGUCCACUUCCAAAGCCGACAACCUCAACUACUUCUUCACCCUCGACACGGGCUCCGACGUCAUUGCCAUCUACGACUGCGACCACUACCCUCACCCGCAUGGGCCGCGCUGGGCUGCCGAGCGCUUCUGCCAGGACUCGACCGUGGACAUUGUCCAGGGCCGCUGCGUGGUCUUCAACUCCAAGGACUGCGUGCUGGCGAGCAUGAUUGCUGUCGAGUUUGACAAGAUCUACGCCGUCUCGCAUCCCGGCCGCGCUACCAUGUGGGAGUUCGGUCUGUUCUGCGGGUCCAACGGCUACUGGCGCGCGUCGCUGCUCAGGGAUCUAAGAAUGGACGGCGACAUGCUCACUGAAGACAUCGACUCUGCAUUGAGAGCUGUGUCACGUGGCGCCAACACGGUCCACGACUUGAAUGUUGUGUCGUAUGAGCUCGCCCCCACCACCCUCGCGUCUUUCUGGAAACAGAGGCUGCGGUGGGCGCAGGGUUGGACGCAGGCGAGCAUCAAGCAUUGCAAGCUUGCGUACAACAAGUCGCCCGAGGGCUCACCUCGAAGGCCCAAGGUCCGCUUCGGGCUCUUCUCCCUCCUGUUGAUCCGCGAGCUCAGCUACUACCUCGUCACGCAGUACACCUGCCUGGUGUUCGGCUUUGUCAUCACCAAAUGGCCGCGCGACCCGAUCCAGCUCGCGAAGCUCAUCUGGUUCACGUUCCCGGUCUCGGUCUGGUUCUUCAUCAUCACUAUUGCGUGUCUCAUUGCGACGUUGUGGAUCACAGCGCGCGUGCGGUCGGAGUUUGUCAACCUGCGGAUGAUCGUGAUGUUCUCCGUACUGUACCCGUUCUAUCUGGUGCUGAACGCCACGAUCGGGUUGUACGGAAAUGCGCGCCAGCUGGUGAAUUACAACAACUGGAACCCCACGGCACGGUCGUAG